AUGAGCAAGAAUAAUGGAGAAGGUGAGUGGGACCAAAAGUCGAAGCCUCUAAAUGUGGAUCGAUACAAUGUCUUGCUCAAAUGGUUGCGCGAUCAUAAGAUUCCUACCGAAAAGUUGAAUAAGGAUUUCUCCGAUGCGGUACUGAUGGCUAAGCUACUUAAAGGGAUUAUACCCAAGCAAAUCGAUGUUCAUAACUAUCCCCCAUGCAAUAGCCUAAAGUCAAAAUUAUUAAAUUGGGAAACGAUGAACACAAAAGUAUUCGCUAAGUUAAAUAUGAAACUAAGCAAAUCACUUACUGAAAAGUUGGCAAAAUCUGAGCCAGGUAAUAUUGAAAUAGUACUUAUGGAUGUUAUGUUGUUCGAAGAAGAGAAGCUGGCAAAUGCUAAAAAGGCCGUUCAAUUAGAAAUGUCCGGUACUUUGCCCGAUAAUGAUGAUAUCAUUAUGGUUAGUGUUAACAAGCAGAUGGGCGAUGCAAUUAUACAAAUUCCGCAGAAAAUGAUCAAUUACUCUUUGUAUGAGCAAUCUGUUAAGGAUUUAAAUGCGAAUAGAGUAUGUUUGACAGCUGCGCAUCAAAAGAUUGCACAUUUGGAGAAUUUAUUGGAUAUAACAAAUGCAAAUAUUGAUGAAAUAAUCAAACAAAUACAUUUGUUGUCCAACGGCUCACCAAGAGACGUUCACUAA